AUGCUUUCAGAAAUAGAAUUGUUAAUAGAUCCAGACACCGGAAAUUCUGACAGCCGGGAAACCGAAGGUUUAGCAGAGAUAAAAGAGAAUUCCCUGUUCCCUGCCCUGGCUUAUUUCUACAUUCUAAGUCGUAGAAGCAGCAGCAGACUGCACAGUGGACACAGGAACAGUGACUCCGGAGCUGUGUCAGAUAUGUCUCCGUGCCAUCAGACACUGAUAUUGAUGCUACUGUUUUACAAUGCCUGCAGCAACCCUGUCUUUCAACCUUCUCUGGUGCUGGACAUGGCCAAGGUCCUGCUUGAAAAUUACUGCUAUCCGGAGAAUCUGGUAGGAAUGCAGCAAACUAUUGAGCAGGCAAUCAAAAGUGGGGAGAUCCUACAUGUCACAGAUUUCAAUACUUUAGCCAGUGUGUUCACAGCUGGGGUACAGGGGUCCCUAAAUGACCCUCGCCUGAUAGUAUCUUAUGAGCCGGCUGUGUCUGUGAUGAAGGAAGAUAAGGAAGCAAUCCCCACUCCUGAGGAGCUGCAGUUCUUGGCUGAUCAUUCUAUUAAAUAUGAGGUCUUGCCUGGAAACAUCGGAUACCUUCGAGUUGACUGCAUAAUAGGUCAAGAUGUGGUACAACAAAUCGGUCCCUUUCUGGUCAAAAACAUUUGGCAGAAACUUAUGUCAAGUUCCGCUCUCAUCCUCGACUUCAGGUACAACACUCUGGGUAAGGUGUCGGGAAUUCCCUUUGUUGUGUCCUAUUUAUGUGAAGCUGAACCGGUGGUCCACAUUGACACCAUUUACAAUCGACCCUCCAAUACCACCACAGAACUGUGGACACUGCCCACACUGAUAGGAGAGAGGUAUGGCAAAGACAAAGAUGUGAUAGUGCUCACAAGUAGGUUCACCCAAGGUGUGGCAGAGGAUGCCGCCUACAUUCUAAAGCACAUGAACAGGGCAAUAUUGGUUGGAGAGAAAACUGCAGGUGGGUCUUUGGACAUCCAGAAAAUGAAGAUUGGCCAGUCCGAUUAUUACAUCACUGUUCCAGUAUCCAGGUCUAUAAGUCCUCUGACUGGACAAAGCUGGGAAGUUGCCGGUGUUUUCCCUUGUGUGGUCGUCAAUGCAGAGGAUGCACUAAAUAAAGCUUUAGCCAUUCUUUCUGUUCGUUCUAAAAUUCCCAAUGUCUUACACCAGCUCACUGAGGUCUUAGGGAAAUUCUAUGCUUUCUAUGACCGGAUCCCAAGCUUACUAAGGCACCUUAACACUAUAGACUACGCCUCAGUCAUUUCUGAAGAAGAUCUUGCUGCCAAAUUAAAUUAUGAGCUCCAGUUAGUAACUGAGGAUCCAAGACUGGUACUAAGGAGUAAAUCAGAAACAUCAUCAAUAUCAGAAGUGUACCCAUCUGCGGAGAAAUUACCAGAUGAUGAAAACAUUCUUCAAGCUUUGGUGAACAGUGUUUUCAAAGUUGAUAUCCUCCCUGGAAGCAUUGGCUACCUCCGCUUUGAUGAAUUUGCUGAUGUCUCCAUUCUUGCCAAAUUAGGACCUUACAUUGUUAACAAAGUGUGGGACCCAAUCGCCAGCACAGAAAAUCUCAUUAUAGACUUACGCUAUAACACUGGUGGGCCCUCUGCAGGUGUUCCUUUGCUGCUGUCCUACUUCCAAGAGCCAGAGUCUAGGAUCCGCCUGUUCACUAUGUAUGAUCGGCUUGUGAACUCUACCAAGGAGUUCUAUAGCCUUCCUGAGCUGCUUGGAAAACCCUAUGGCUCUAAAAGAGGGGUCUAUGUUUUGACCAGUCACAGAACUGCAACAUCAGCAGAGGAAUUUGCAUAUCUUAUGCAGUCCUUGAGCAGGGCAACAAUCAUUGGUGAAAUCACAUCUGGGACCCUUAUGCACUCACGGUCAUUUACUCUGGAAGACAGCGAUUUAGCUGUCACUGUACCAGUAAUCAACUUUAUAGAUAACAAUGGUGAGUGUUGGCUUGGGGGAGGAGUAGUUCCAGAUGCUAUUGUUCUAGCAGAUGAAGCCUUAGACAGAGCCAAAGAAAUCAUUGGGUUUCAUCCACAAGUGUUUGCAUUGGUAGAGGGCACUGGGCUUCUUUUAGAAGUCCAUUACGCCAUUCCAGAGGUGGCAAACCAAGUCAGCCACACCCUCCAGGGUAAGUGGGCCGAAGGUGGAUACCGCUCUGUGGUAGAUCUGGAAUCCUUGGCUUCCCAACUUACAUCUGACAUUCAGGAGAUCUCAGGUGAUCAUCGACUUCAUGUCUUUUUUAGUAAUGUAGAACCAGAGAUCUUAGAAGAAAAGCCAGCAAAUAUUCCCUCUCCCGAAGAGCUCAACUACAUUAUUGAGGCACUAUUCAAAAUUGAAGUCCUGCCGGAAAAUGUAGGUUAUCUGCGAUUUGACAUGAUGGCUGAUGCAGAAAUUAUUAAAGCAAUUGGUCCUCAACUGGUCACUCUAGUCUGGAAUAAGCUUGUUGACACAAAAUCCUUAAUAAUUGAUAUGAGAUUCAACACUGGUGGGUAUUCCACUGCUAUCCCUAUUUUCUGUUCCUAUUUUUUUGACGCGGAGCCUCUGCAGCACCUGUACACAGUAUAUGACCGUAGCACUUCAACUGGUACUGAAAUCUGGACACUACCAGUAGUGGCUGGCCAAAGAUAUGGCUCCACUAAGGACAUUUAUGUUCUGACAAGUCACAUGACAGGAUCAGCAGCUGCAGCAUUUACAAGAUCAAUGAAGGAUCUAAACAGAGCCACCGUCAUUGGGGAACCAACUAGUGGGGUGUCCCUUUCUGUUGGUAUGUACAAAGUUGGGGAAAGUCACCUUUACGUGUCAAUUCCUAACCAGGUGGUGAUGAGCUCAGUGACUGGUAAAGUGUGGAGCGUAUCAGGAGUUGAGCCUCAUGUUGUCACUCAAGCUAAUGAGGCUAUGAAUUUUGCUCAUCGCAUCAUUAGACUGCGCUCCAAGAUACCGUCUGUCAUACAGACAGUUGGGAAAUUGGUGGCAGACAACUAUGCUUUUGCAGUAACGGGGACAGAGGUGGCUUCCAAACUACUUUCAUUGGUGGAGAAAGUGGACUAUAAAAUGAUUAAAUCUGGAAUGGAGUUAGCUGAGAAACUCAACCAUGAUCUUCAGACACUAUCUGGGGAUGUCCAUCUGAAAGCUGCCUACAUCCCAGAGAAUUUAAAGGCCCGCAUACCAGGAGUUGUGCCCAUGCAGAUCCCAUCGCCUGAGAUGUUUGAGGAGCUCAUCAAGUACUCCUUUCACACCGAUGUAUUUGAGAAAAACAUUGGCUACCUGAGAUUUGAUAUGUUUGCUGACUGUGAUAUUCUUCAUCAAGUAUCAGAUUUGUUGGUUGAACAUGUGUGGAAGAAGGUCGUGGGCACAAAUGCCUUAAUUGUCGAUAUGAGAUUUAACAUCGGAGGUCCCACAAACUCUAUUCCAGCACUCUGUUCAUAUUUCUUUGAUGAGGGAAGCCCUGUCCUCUUGGAUAAAGUGUUCAAUCGAACAGCAAAUGCCAUUACUGAUGUGUGGAGCCUGUCUCAGCUCGCAGGCUCUUCUUAUGGCUCCAAGAAGCCUCUUAUCAUCCUGACCAGCUCAGUGACGGAGGGAGCAGCAGAGGAGUUUGUGUACGUCAUGAAGAGGUUGGGAAGGGCAUACGUUGUGGGAGAAAAGACAAGCGGAGGCUGCCAUCCUCCCCAGACCUAUCAUGUGGAUGACACACACCUGUACCUCACCAUCCCUACAGUACGAUCAGCUAGUGCAGAGCCCGGUGCAUCAUGGGAAGGGAAAGGGAUAUCUCCUGAUCUGGAGGUCCCUACAGAGACAGCGCUGCUGCAAGCAAAACAGAUACUGGCCGCUCAGAUACAGGACAGUACAUAAGAGAUGGUUGCUAUAUAUUGAGGCAUUGUGUGACUGUGCAUCUUACUCUGUGCUACUAAGAAGAAAAAUAAUUAUAACAUUUGCACCCACCCUAUACAGUAUUACAUUUCAUGUGUGUGUGUGUGUGUGUGUGUGUGUGUAUAUAUAUAUAUAUAUAUAUAUAUAUAUAUAUAUACAUACUGUAUAUUACACCGGUUCCGCAGAACCGUUACCUAAUGUUAGGUAUGGUUCUGCGAACCGUUUGCUAAUGAGUGCCGCCAUGGCUAUAUUUGCGCCAUAACGCCAUUCCGAACGGUGUUCCGGAACCAGUGGCGGAGCCCUCUGUCAUAGCCUGAGCUGCCGCCCGCACACUCGCCCGCCAGCACAGACCGAGGGUCGAGCAUCUGUUUGUGUACCACUGCAGAGUUCCUCCCUCCCCGCCCGGCCUUGGCCUGCUGACUCCUCCUCUCCCUAGUGUCCUAAGUCCUGACAUGCGCAGUAAGCAUGUCAAGACGCUGAGAGAGGGUGGACCAGGCGCGGUAGAACUCUGCAGUGCUACACAGAGACGCUCGGCGCUGUUGCGGUCUGUGCUGGUGGGCGGGUGGCAGCUCAGGCUAAGCAGGGGUGACAGAGGGCUCUGCCACUGGUUCCGGAAUGCCUGUUCCUAUCAGGCGCCUUUUUGGGAGCGGAGUGCUGUGGUCACUCACCCACCACCACCAGCGUGCAGCUGAAUUGAGGAGUCAAGUGUAGGCCCUGUCGUUGGGCAGGCUGACUGGCUGGGGGUAUGUAUGUAGUACCUCUUUCAUCUAGUUUUGCGUACCUCUUUUAUUGUUCUUAUUUGAGUAUUAAAUGCAUGAAUUAUUAAACUACCUUUCGGAAUACAGUAUCUUUUGGUAUACUUAAAAUUGUUAAAAUUAGGACAUAGAACCUGUUAAUUUAUAUGAAUCCCACCACUGUGUGCGUGCGUGCGUGCGUGCGUGCGUGUGUGUAUAUAUAUAUAUAUAUAUAUAUGCAAUAUACUAUUGACCUGUGCAAAACUAACAAAGGAUAUACAAUUACAGUUCUCACAAGUAAAAACCCAUCAGAUUUGGCAAAUAAAAGGGAAUCACUUAUUUGUAUUGUAUGAAUUUUGGCCUUGUGUAAGGGAUAUUUACUAUAGUGUAGUAUUCAUGUUCUGGGCUAUCAGUGCUCCUGUGCAUCGUCCACUGUGUCUCCAGCACUGUAGUCAUUGUCUAUGUUAUUAUUCCCAGCUUUGGUAGAUAUUUCCUGUGUGCAUUGUCCGUGUACCACAUCCAGUCAAUGAAGCUGUUUAUUCAUCUGAAGCUUUUUUUCCUAGAGAAACAUUUUUUUUUCUUCAAAUAAAUAAUGUUUCCAGUAA